ACAAUAUUUACUGAGAAUUAGACUGUCAGAGAAACAGACCUGUCGAUGGAAGAAGCUUUCUGUAUCUUUAUUAUUCUGCUUGCAUGUACAAUAUUUAUUGUUUUAGUACAUCAGAACAGGUAUGUCUCAUCCAUCAGUGAUGCACUUACAGAGAGUAUACAACACACAGAGACGUGCACUGACCAGAGCUGUGAUCAGUAUGCAUUCGUUUUACGACAAAAUGGGUUCAAAUCACUGGAUUUACAACCACGAUGUGUAUUUCUAGAGAGAAGUGGCAUACCAAUACACAAACACUUAAUAAAACAUUUCAUUUUUGAUUACUGGGAAUUGCACUGUAACGAAGCAGGCAUUAAUAUACCGAAAACCACAAGAAACAAAUGGAAAGACAUAUAUUACACUGAAUCCACCACACAAAAAUCCAACUGGUUACAAUACGGCAGUAGGUAUGGUAGAGAAACUGUUCAAGUGGUCCAUCUGACCACCAUCCUAGCCCGCACUGGUUUGUUCAGCGUGAGUGGUCUACUCGUGGUCUGUCAGGAGGAGUACGACAUCGAUAAAGUGGUUGUGACCGACCGCCAUUCAGCGUUGUGGGGUCUGGUGACAUGGGAGGGAAACCGUCGUUUUGUUCCACGGAAUAUUGAUAACUGGGCGAUCAGAUAUAUUAAAGAGGUUUUCAGAAAACAUGUGCACAACUCCAUAAAACGAAAAAUACAUACGAAACAACUGCAUUUCUUGCUGUGAAAUAAAUUGAAAAAACAUGU